AUGGCCCCCCCCACACCCGGUGAGUGAGAAGUAGAGGUGGACGGGAGAGGCCGGGAGGUUACCAAGAACAACCCGGACGUACCCCUGCCGUCCCACACUGUCCCAGGGGGCCGGCCCGUCCCACCCAGCUGGACCGAGGGCCUGACCAAUAAUCUGCGUAGCAUGAGUUACGCCCACGUUAGGGAUCUCAAGGAUUACAUGCGCAAAGCAGGAGAAAUUACCUUUGCAGAUGCCCACAAGCACCGACGCUAUGAAGGUGUUGUAGAGUUUGCCACACGGUCUGACAUGAAGAGGGCCAUUGAGAAGUUAGACGAUACGGAACUGAAUGGAAGGCGAAUUAGGCUGAUUGAGGAUCGACAACACUCCCGUUCCCGCUCAAGAUCUCGCAGGCGAUCUCGUUCACGCUCACGAUCCCGCAGGUCAUAUUCAAGGUCAAGAUCAAGAGGUAGGAGCCGUUCACGUUCAAGGUCAAGGAGAUCAAGGACUAAGUCACGAUCAAGGUCCAGGUCUAAGGAUUCUCGCUCACGGUCACGUUCCCGAUCCCGUUCAAGGUCCCCUCGGUCACGAUCAAGGUCAAAAUCUCGAUCUAGGUCCAGGUCAAAGUCUGUAGAAAGAAAGAGGUCAAGAUCAGGUGGAAGAGACAGCCGUUCACGGUCAGGCUCUAGAAAGAUGUCAGAGGAGCCAAUAGACAAGCCUAAGGAAAUGGAGACAGCUCGUUCUCGCAGCAGAUCCCGUAGUAGAUCACGAUCUAGAUCUCGCAGCCCAAUAGAUAACAAGAAAGAAACUUCACGAUCUCGAUCCCGAUCACGGUCAAGGUCACGAUCACGAUCACCCUCUGCAUCACCACGUAGACGUGACAGCCGCUCUGGAUCUCGUUCAAGGUCACCCCAGGAAAAUGGACAUGACCAUCCCGAGGAUGAAUAAUGAGUACUGUCAUUAUGUAUAGACACAAAAUAUUUAGUUUAGACAAGUGUUCCUAAUGAAGCACAUCUUGACCAGAUAACAAUAUUAAUGAAGAAAAUUGCUUAGAGUAUUUCAACAAUGACAGUGAUAUUAAGAUAGCUUGUAUUAGUGUCCUUGUUGACGAGUGUUUGUAAUAGAUAUGUAUAUAUUUUGUAUGUCUUGUAUGUCUGUCUGUAUGCAUAUUUGUAUGUAUUAGUUAUGUAUAUAUAUUUAUUACACACAUUCAGAACAUUUUACUCUUUGCCAUAGUUCUUCUAAGGGAAUACUUGCAUAUUGGCAUUUUUAAAUAAAAUGUUUUUACAAAAAGAAAAAAAUAAUAAUAAAAUUGAAACCAUGGAAUCAGGAUAUAGCAUUGAAAAUUGUAUUUUAUGCACUAAUGCUAUUUUACAUUUCGUUAUGCUUCUAUGUAUAAGAGAGGUUUUUUGGAGUAUGUGAACUAAAUGGGUUAUUUUUUUGUGAAACACCCAAGCUGGUCACAAUAUUAGAUGGUAAGUCCAGUGGCACUGGGUAGAUAUGCUGUAAACAAUUCAGAGUAUUAUAAUACUUUGGAGUAGGUCAUGCUUGGUUGUUAAUUGAGCUCUCCUUUCAAACUAUCUGCCUUUUUCAGUAGAUAUGGAGAUGGAUAAUUUUACUUGCAUAUUAGUAUGUUUAUAUCAAGAAUUUUGUACCAUCAUUUUCUUGAGUUUUCUUCCUUGUUCUCUUUGUGAUUUUGAGAUGAAAAGGAGAAAGUUGUGGGGAUUUCUUUUUUAUAAUUUUCCCCAGAUUUAAGUUCAUAUAUGCUGUGGUGUACUGUGGUUUGUUCAAGAUAGUACAAAGAAACAUCUUUUGGACACAAUAAGUUCUUGUGUUAAGAUUUGAUGGUGAAUAUAUUGUAUUCCCUUAUGACCCACAUACAUUAUUUAGGGAGUUGAGAUUCUUGGUAGAUUGUCGUUAUUAUUCGAAAUUUAUUAAGUGCCUUUGUUUAAAAAUAAUCUCAUGCAUUGAGAUGAAACCAAAUAUUAGCACCAUGCAUCAUGCUCUUAAGAAUUCCUGAUUGUCUUUAUAACAAAAACCUUUUUGUGGUUUGUAAUGGGGUGUGCUUACAACUCGCCAUGAGUGUCUACCGUAAGCAAUUAUGAAGUUGCUACUUUUGUCUAGAUUUAUGAUUGUAUGUAUAGGGAUUUUUUAGAAAGUGAUUGACACUGGAGAUUACUAUAUGAUUUUGUAAUUAUUGCAUAUUAAAGCAUUGUUUUACCAAGGGUAUAUCAUACAUUGUAUGGAGAAACUUCUUUUUGAUAGGCAGGUAACCAAGUGUUUCAACUCCAGUUGUCAUUAUACAAUAAGAUUCUCGUGUAGCCAUUGAUAUAUGGCAAUUUUGAACUGAAAUAAAAUAGAUGUUACCAAAUUUUGUUUU